GCACUCAAAACCCAAGGCUAGAAAAUGAAUUUGUUGAGGGAGCCCCUGCAUCAGCCUGUGAGAAUAUGAUGCCUGUGCAUAUGGGGGUCCAGCCCCAGCCAAGUCCAGCCCCCUAUGAGAUCCAGAUUGAUGUAUCUUCCUUCAUGAACAGGCAGCCGAUUAAUGUUCAGAUUGUAGGGCCGGGAUACAGAGGCCUGUUGCUGGAAGCUCGCACCUUUGGCUCCACUGCUGCACUUGGCACUUGGCAGAAUCCUGCCAAUAACACUAAGUUCUUACAGUGCUCUGGAAACCCAAAAGGUGCGAUUACUCAUUCUAACACCGAGUUAAAAACAAGCCUGACCACUUAUACCUGGCUGCCCCCAAUCUCUGGUUGCCCUGACGUUAUUACAUUCAUGGCAACUGUAGCACAGUCUCGUGAAAUUUAUUGGCUCGGUGUCAAAUCCAAAGUGAUCUGGAGAGAUUCUAAAGCUACAUGUGGUGCUGAGAAGCUUACAUGGACAGUUAUUAUUGUGACAAUGAUGUCUUUCCACUUACUGCUUUUCCCUGGCUACUUAUAUUAAGUGUUGGCGUUUCAGAGGAUCUAUUAAAUGGCUAAGGAACAAAUACAGACCCUGUAUACAGUCACUGCAUUUGCUUCUGCCAGGAAGUGGAUUCUGGAAGCCUAAGGCCUUUGUCUACACACGUUAUACUGUUUUUAAACUAUACCAAUAUAGUUAAAGUAAUGCAACCCUCUAGUGCACAGUUAUACUGGUACAGCUUAUUCCCUACAGGCACGUUAUAUAAGUAUAACAAUGUCCUCUCUCUGGGUAUUACUCUCACAACCCUAACCAAUGCCGUUUUAAUAUUACAUGAUCUGUAUGUAGACUAGGACUAAGGUUAAAGUUGAGUAGUACAAAGCCAUAGUGAAAUCUCAGAGCAGCUAGAACUGAUCUGAAAAACAAAAUUAACGCCAUGACUUCAACUGCAUUCUAAAUUAGAACCUAUAUAAGAUCAAACUCAUUUGAUUUGUAUAAGGAAUGGUACACAUCAGGAUAUCACUACUAUAUCUGUAUACCUUUUCAUUAUACAUCAAUAGUACAAAACAUCUUUCAGAAUUAAGACAAUGGCAUUGUAUUCGCUAAUGGUACAUUAAUAGUAGUGGUACACUCCAGAAAUAAUUUCUUAAAAGGCUGGUCAUUUCUUUGGGUACGUCUAUACUUACCUCCGGGUUCGGCGGUAAGCAAUCGAUCUUCUGGGAUCA